AUGCCGCAAUAUUCGAAUCAGAGAUACAAACGAGAAACUGCAAUCGAUGCAUGGCAGGAUCUUCAUGAUUUUGGAACAAAAAAUGGUACAUGGCCGAUGAAAAUAUCAAAAAGUAUUGCUAGAGAUCACUGUACAUGUCAAAUGAUCACUCCACUAAAGCGUUUGAUUGAACAAUGUCAAAUGCUCAAGACCGGUAUGGAAUUACAGAAGCAUUUUCUCGACUUGCUAACAACGGAUACAAACGUUGCGAACACGUUUGGAUGCCAUGCUUCAAAACAAAUUGAAGUCUUUUUUCGACGUGGCUCCGACGACACCCAACGAAUAAAGAAACAACAUCAGUCUUGUAUUCGUCGUCGUCGGAGCUUGGCUUUUAUUUAUACAAACAUCGCUGCUUCGUCGCCAUUUGUCGAAGUUCAAUUGAAUUUAACACCACCUCAGAUGGCUAUGUUUAUAAAAGGUCUUCAAUAUGUCAUACCAUGUCAAAGUCGAUUUCUACAUCGAACAAAUGAACAAAUUAUUCAGAAACAAUAUGAAAUGUUAUUCAAUACUGUUACCAAUUGUUUGCAAGAUAAUUGUAUGUCUGCUUCGAAUAAACAUGUACAAGAAGCUUUUUCUGAAUUGAAAACGACUGUUCAUGAAUUACAUGUCAAAAAGUUAUCUGGUCAUUUAAAUAUUCGUGCACGAUAUGAACAUGCUUUAGUGAAAAAUAUUCGACGUUUAAUUGAUAAACAACCUCACGUCAUUGUACGUCGCACAGAUAAAAGUAAAGUCUUCUACAUCGGAAAAACGGACGAUUUCCUACGCAAAGCAGCAGCAUAUAUGACGACCACAAAUGCUUAUGAAGUUUUCUCUGAUAACAAGAGUCCAUUGCAUAAUAGUUUAACUGCAGUACAAACAUUAUUGGGAGCAUUAUUACAAGAAAAAGUUAUCGAUAAAAAGUUAUGCAGUAAACUUCUUCCCAAAAUGAACAACCUAGAA